AAUGGUCACUCUGAGUAUCUAUUGGGUGCUAAAAGGCAUACUUGUCGGGCUGAGACAUGGAAUUCCGAAAGCUGAUUCUCACCACUGUCUUGUUUUACUGUGUGCAAAGCCAUCCAAUCAAGGUUUUACUUUCUCUGGAUGUUGACAGCAAUGAGGAAAUCAGGUUCAACAUGCGUCGUGAUCCACCAGAAAAUGACACCUUGUCAGAAACAAUGAAGAUGCGCCCUGCUGUUAUGAAACACAUCAUGGAAGUGAAUAAGAAUCUUAAAAAUGACACCUUGUCAGAAACAAUGAAGAUGCGCCCUGCUGUUAUGGAACACAUCAUGGAAGUGAAUAAGAAUCUUAAAGGAAAUAAGUUUGGAGAUGUGUCUAUUGUGUUUGGAGAUAUUGCAGUGGAUAACAGCCUGGAAACAGCUGACCAGUGUGCCACAAGUUCCUGUAGAUGGCCCAAGUCCUCCAAUGAUGGCCAUGUUUACGUGCCGUAUGAAAUUUACCCACAUUAUGAUCAGAGUGAACAGUCCAUAAUAAGGCGAGGGAUGGAGGGACUUGAAAGGGAGACCUGUAUACGAUUUAGGCCGCAUUCCUCUGAGAAAGACUACCUUACUAUCAUGCCAUAUAUUGGGUGCUGGUCCUACAUAGGAAGAAGAGGAGGUCAACAAUUAGUGUCUCUGCAGCAAAAUGGCUGUGUCUAUGAGGGUACUGUUCAGCAUGAGCUACUACACGCUCUUGGUUUCCACCAUGAGCAGAGCCGCAGUGAUCGAGAUGAGUAUGUGGACAUUCAUUAUGAGAACAUCAUGCCAAAUAUGGCCUACAAUUUCAGGAAGGUUAAUACCAAUAACCUUAACACACCUUAUGAUUAUAGCUCAAUAAUGCACUACCCUAGAAAUGCAUUCUCUUACACUGGAUACCCAACAAUUGUUCCAAAACCAGACCCAAAUGUACCUAUUGGAGAAAGCCGUAUACUGAGCCCACUCGAUUUGUACAGGGUCAACAUACUCUAUGAAUGCUACAGAACGGGCAAGACUGAAGAAAAAUAGUCUUUAUGCAGGUGCUCCUGAAUCCUGAUAUGAGGCAAUGAAUAAACCAAAACGUUACUUCUUAUUCCUUUACAUAGCACUUGUUGACUGAAUGCCUGACAGUUUGCAUUUUGGAUUCAAUGAUGGUUUAUAGAGUGUUAUACUUAUUGGCUGGCUGUAGAAAAAUGCAUCUUUCCUAAGCUAUAAUAUGUCGAAUGGAUAUCAGUUCACUGUUUUAAAGUACAAUAAAGUAGGCAGCUUACAUUCUAGUGUAUUUACAUAUUCCUUAUUUGUCUAACAUUAAAGGAAUAGCUUAUAAAAUGAGAAUAUUUCCUGUAAUUUGUCAUGCUACUCUUGAGGUCCAUUAUUCAAAUGGUUGCUUGAUUAUAAGAAUAAAAUUUUAACAUAUAAAAAAA